UUUUUUUUUUUUUUUUUUUUUGUAGAAUAAUAAAAUUCAUUUGGUUUUUCAUUCUAUUUUUUCUUUUGUAUAAUUAGAUAACGCACAUACAAUGGAUAAAGUUCGUGAUAAAAUUGCUAGCAUUCGUGCUUUAGCUGAUGCUGCUAAUAACAGGGCAGACGAAUAUGAAACAAAAUACAAAGCACUAGAACAGAUCCUAUUAAAGCAAGAACAUGAAAUUAUUUCACUUCAAAAUCAAAACAAGUAUCUCGAGGAAGAUUUAGAACAAGCACAAGAAAAGGUUAAACAAUUAAAAGCAAUUGAAGAGGAUGAAGAUGAUUUGAAAAAGGAAAAUGAUGCUGCUCAACGAAAAAUUAGUUUACUCGAACAAGAAUUAGAAAACUCUGAAAAAAUUAUUCGAGAAACAACGAAAAAUUUCAGAGAAGCAGACCUAAAAGCCGAGCACUUUGAACGUAAAGUUCAACAAUUAGAAACUAUUAACUUUGAGCAAGAAAGGAAAAACGAAGAACUAAGGGCAAAAAUGCUUCAAUUACAAACUCAAUUGGAUGAGUUUAACGCUUCUUUAGAUGACAUUUAAAGAUGAAUAAAUUAAAUUGUAUUUAAUUAGCC